GCUUCGAAUUUCACAGCAACAUUGGAGCCCAAGUCCUAAUCUAACCUGAAACAACCGUUACUAUAAAAAAAUAAAUUUUUUCCCAAAAAAUAUUCUUAUAAUAAUUUAAUGAUACUUUAUCUAUUUUUUAUUCAAUAUAACCUAUAUUUAUUCUUUCUUAUUUAUUCACCUUCUCCCAACAAAUCUAUUGCGUUCGACUAGACACGUCUCCAAUCUUCCCUCUGCGAAUUCGAUUGUUUUUCUCGGAAAAUUAAAAUUUUCCUGGGAAAAAUUCAUCUCGUAGUUUCUUCUUUAAUAGAUUCGAAGAUUGGAUUCUCAAAGUUUGCCGGAUUUUCCCUCCUUGAUUUGUUUGAGAGUAGAUUUCGUAUAGGUCUGGUGAAUUUCGUUGGUUUUGCCGUCCAUUGUUUAAAUUAGGGUUUCGUACCAGAUUCUCCUGAAUCGAGGUUGGUAUUGGAAUUUAUGCCGAAGGAAUUAUCGGCUAUCCGAAAUCGGAAAUAGUCUGCCUAAUUUUAAAACGCGAUUUUGAGUUUGGAAUUGUUUGAUUUUUGAUGGUCCGAUGUAAAAUUAGGGUUUCGGUUUUUCGGGUUUAUUAGGUGAAAUUUGUUGGUUUCAAAUUCAAUGGUAGAAUUAUAUUGACAAGUAGGAUGAUUAUUAAACGAACGAUGAAAUUCGAAACGCCGAAUUUGAAACGGUGUCAAUUUGAAGAAAUUGAUUGUGAAGAUGACGACGAAGACGCGUGUUAUGUGAGUAGGAAGGAGAGAAGCACAGACGUGUCGUGCUCCGUUCCUCUAAAUAGUUUCGAUCAAAUUGAUGAAGAUCAGUUUGAGGAUUAUAGUGGCAUUGUAAAUUCUUGGUACUCCAGUGUCUCAUGCUAUGUCGGAGAAGUCGAAUUAAAUCCGAGGAUUCAGAGAGGUCGAAGAGGUAUACCUAAGGGAGCGGGGGGUUAUCGGCCUCCCUUAUUCAAGUCUUCGCGAGGGCGAGUUCAGGUUCUUCCGACUAAAUUCAAUGAUACGGUUUUAGAGUCGUGGAGUAAUAAGAAAUCAAAGGUUGAGGAGUAUGAAGAAUGUUUUGAUGCUGAUGAUGGUGGUGCUCGGAAUGUAAUGUUCAGUAAAAAGAGAAUUAAUCGCCAAAGCCCUCAUGGUAAUGUGCAAUUCAAGAAACGUCGCAUAGAAGACGGGUUUAGCCGCCAAAAGCUUCAUAAGCUUAGUCGUAAAGAAGCGGAAGUGGGGUGUGUCGAUACCAGGGAUUUGGACCACAAAAUGCCCAGUUCGAUAACGUCAAUUAAUGAUGGGAACUUUUUGCCAUUGGUAGAUAGUGAUGAAUAUCUAACAAGGUUUGCUAGUAAAUUUACAGGGGUGGAGAAGUUGGAGAAGAAGGAGAAGAAGGAGGCUGAAAGGAAGGAGGAUUUUUAUAAGCCACAGGACUUUGUUCUGGGUGACAUUGUUUGGGCAAAAUGUGGGAAGAAAUACCCAGCUUGGCCGGCUAUUGUGAUCGACCCCCUAUGUCAAGCUCCAGAAAGAGUUCUGAGGGCUUGUGUCCCUGACACUAUCUGUGUGAUGUUUUAUGGGUUUUCAAAAAGUGGAAAGAGGGAUUAUGGAUGGGUGAAGGAUGGAAUGAUUUUCCCUUUUCAGGAGUAUAUGGACAGAUUUCGCGGCCAGACUAAGUUAUAUGGAAGCAAGCCAAGUGAUUUUAAUGUGGCAAUAGAGGAGGCAGUUUUGGCAGAACAUGGCCACACUGAUACAGACCUUCGUACUGUCCAGGAAACUUAUCUUGUUGCAAAUAAUGAUGAAAUCCAAGAGGCAACUGGUUUGAAUCUGGAUCAGGAAUACUGUUUCCAUAACCAGAAUGUGUGUGAUAAGAAGAAAGACACACGGACCUGUGACAGCUGUGGCUUGAUUCUUCCAUGCAAAAUAAUGAAGAAAAUGAAGAGCACAAAUUUUAAAGCCCAGUUUUUAUGUGAACAUUGUGCUAAGUUACGAAAUUCAAAGCAGUAUUGUGGCAUAUGCAAGAAGAUUUGGCAUCACUCAGAUGGAGGGAAUUGGGUAUGCUGUGAUGGCUGUGACGUUUGGGUUCACGCUGAGUGUGCCAAUUUUUCCUGCAAGCUCUUUAAGGAUUUGGAAGAUGCUGAUUAUUACUGCCCUGAAUGCACGGCAAAGCCUGAUUGUGGAUUGCCAGUAUCAGAGAAAUGGCAACCUGAAGUCAGGUCAACGGAAAACAAUGGACAAACUGUGCUUCUUGACAAAAUAACUGUCGUUUGCACUGGCAUGGAAGGGAUUUAUUAUCCAAGUCUUCAUUUAGUUGAGUGUACGUGUGGUUCAUGUGGGAAAAGGAAACAAACACUUAGUGAAUGGGAACGACAUACAGGUUCCAGAGCCAAAAAAUGGAAGUUCAGCGUUAAAGUGAAGGGUUCAAUGCUGCCGCUGGAAAAAUGGAUCACAGAGUAUACUGCACAUGGCUUUAAUCCUCUAAAGUUAGAUAAGCAACAGCUAUUUGCUUUUUUGCAAGAGAAAUAUGAGCCUGUUUACGCAAAAUGGACAACAGAACGAUGUGCUAUUUGUAGAUGGGUUGAAGAUUGGGACUACAACAAAAUUAUCAUCUGCAUCAGGUGUCAAAUAGCUGUCCAUCAAGAAUGCUAUGGAGUGAGAAAUUCUCAGGAUUUCACUUCAUGGGUCUGUAGAGCAUGCGAAACUCCUGAUGUUGAGAGAGACUGUUGCCUCUGCCCUGUAAAAGGGGGUGCUCUGAAGCCAGCUGAUGUUGACAACUUGUGGGUGCACGUCACGUGUGCAUGGUUUCAGCCUGAAAUUGCUUUUUUGGAUGUUGAGAAAAUGGAACCUGCUGUUGGAGUUCUUAGAAUUCCAUCAUAUUCUUUUGCAAAGGCGUGCGUAAUUUGCAAGCAGACUCAUGGGUCUUGCAUGCAGUGUUGCAAAUGUGCCACUUAUUUUCAUGUAAUGUGUGCGUCGCGAGCAGGAUAUUGCAUGGAGCUGCAUUGCUCGGAGAAGAAUGGAAGACAGAUAACAAAAUGGGUAUCAUAUUGUGCUGUUCAUAGGGCCCCAAAUCCAGAUAAUGUUUUAGUCAUGCAGACUCCCUUCGGAGUUUUCUCAACACGAAGCUUGCUCCAAAGCCAGAAUCAGCAACAGGGCUUCCAGGGAUCAAGGCUCAUUUCGUCUAAGAGAACAGAACUCCAUGAUUCAUCAACUGCAGAAGCGAAUGAGAUUGAGCUGCUAUCGGCUGCAAGAUGUCGCAUCUUCAAAAGAUCAAACUGUAAGAAAGCUGGAGAGGAGCCAAUAUCCCACCGAGUAAUGGGGCCAAGCCAUCAUUCCCUAGAUGCAAUAGAUUGCUUUAGCUCACACAGAGAAGUUGAAGAUGCGAAGAAUUUUGCUACAUUCAACGAACGGCUUGACCAUUUACAGAGAACGGAGAAUCAUCGGGUUUGUUUUGGUAAAUCUGGAAUUCAUGGAUGGGGUCUCUUUGCACGACGGAACAUUCACGAAGGAGAUAUGGUUCUUGAAUAUCGUGGUGAGCAGGUGAGGCGGAGUGUUGCAGAUUUGAGGGAGGCAUGCUACCGGUUACAGGGCAAAGAUUGCUAUCUUUUUAAAAUCAGCGAGGAAGUGGUAAUUGAUGCCACAGAUAAGGGCAAUAUAGGACGACUAAUCAACCAUUCUGUAAGUUCCCUUUUCUCCCAUAUACAGUGAACCAGUUUGCAAGUUCUUGUUAGUUGAAAUUGUAAACAACAGCAAUUUUGUAUGUUCACCAUUUUGGUACAAGAUGGAGAAGGGAAGCGAUUUUUGUUGGGUUGCAUAAUGCUGUAGGUAUAUUGUUUAUUGCUUGCAAAUGGUGGAGGUUGACCUUUAUUAGUUGCUCAGUUGAGCACUGGUUUGGUUGGCUUAGGUCAGAUUGGUCAUUUGUGCUGGUAAGUUUUGUUUGAUGCUAAUGUUGCUUCUUUGGUGACAAAUUUGCCAAAUGCCCGUUAGGUUGAGUAACUGUGCACAUGAGCAGAAUCAUGGACCAGCAGCCACUGUUUGUUCAAUGAUAUUAUGAUUGAAUGGCACUUGUGCAUGAUAUUGAGGUUGAGCUGUGCUUUGAUGGCAAAUACUGAAUUUUAGGUUUUUUGAUCCCAGUCCAACCUACUCACUAGUGUCAAAUCCUCAUGAAAAGUUUAUAUGUUAUUUCUUUUUUCACCUCCUUUUGACCACUUUGUAUCUCUUACACAACCGGUCCAAAACAUGGAUGAAAGUAUAGGGUUGCGUCAAGUAUCAAAUAGUAAAUGUAAAUUUUGUUAAAUCCCUUAUGAGCAAUUAGUUUAUAUAACAAAUGGACUUAUUUAUGGAGUUGUUAGAAUGUCUUAUGUGGUCUGUAUACUGCUUUGUAUGCAUUGAUGAUAACCAUUACCCCUUUGCUGCAGUGCAUGCCCAAUUGCUAUGCAAGGAUCAUGAGUGUGGGUGAAGAAGAUAGACGAAUAGUUCUUAUAGCUAAAACCAACGUCUCUGCUGGCGAAGAGUUAACGUAUGAUUACUUGUUUGAUCCGGAUGAACGUGACGACCUUAAAGUGCCCUGCCUAUGUAGAACUCCCAACUGUCGGAAAUUCAUGAAUUAGGUUACAGUAGAGGAAUGGAUAUUCAUUUUUUCUCCGCAUGGAGCAUUCUUGGCCCUUCUCUCUCAGCCCAUGAGAACAACACUCAAUUUUUUCGGAAAGUAGAAAUCGCAGAAUUAGACCAGAAAGAGCAGCGUGUGAUUGUUUCAUACCCUCCAUUUUUAUUUCUCCAAUUGCAAAUGAAAUGUAAAUUCACCAGCCGUUUGGCUGGGUAUCUUUUGUGAAUCAUUUGAUUUUUCCUUCAAUGUAGAAGUUUAUUCUUUAUUCUUUUUUUUUAUUCUGCCUAAUAAAACGU